AUGCCGCUCGAAACUCAUCCAGAUUUAGAAAUCAUUAGUAUUAUUGUCGAAGUUGAAGGCAAAGAACCAAAUAUUAUACUUGUCAAAGGUCAAGAUUCAGUAGAUGUUGUUAUUCCAGGCGGAGUCAAAUAUACUAUGACUUUACAAUUUAAAGUUUUGAAUAACAAAUUUGAAAACUUUACUUAUAAACAAAAUGUCAAAAAAUUAGGUGUUACUGUUAGAUCAAGAGAAGUUGAUAUGGGAACAUUUGAACCAAGCGAUGAAGUUUAUUCAUAUAAAUUUCCACCAGAUGAAACUCCAGGUGGUUGGAUGAUGAGAGGUAAAUAUCAAGCAGUAUCAACUUAUUUUGCAAAUGGUAAACAAUUAAUAGCAAAUGAUUGGACUCUAGAGAUUACAGCUUAA